GGAGAUUUUGAAGGUUUUCAAUGACGUCAGAUGAAUACUUGUCCCACAAGGGGGUUCUUUUCCCCACAUUUGGCUACUCUGAGGAAGGACUCAGCUAUGUAGAAAACGAAUUCCAAAUCCUGGAUGAUGAUAUCAUUAAUGUCACUUACCCUAAAUCAGGUACCAACUGGAUGUCGCAGAUCUUGAGCUUGAUCCAUCGUAGUGGGGACCCCACAUGGGUCAACAGUGUGCCAGUGUGGGAACGGGUGCCUUGGAUUGAAACUGAUAGUGGCAUGGAGUGUGCUUUGAAAUAUCCUCCACCCAGGCUUCUGGCUUCUCAUCUGCCAUUCCAGCUUUUCCCCAAGUCUUUCAUUCAUUCCAAAGCCAAGAUUAUCUUCACUAUGCGCUAUCCAAAGGAUGUGUUGGUCUCAUUAUACCAUUUUUCCAAAAUUAUGAAAACAUUAAAGGAUUCUGGAACCUUAGAAGAAUUCCUAGAGGAGUUCCUGGAAGGCAAUGUGAUUUACAGUUCCUGGUUUGACCAUGUGAAAGGCUGGAUGACGCUGAAGGACAGUGACAACUUCUUCUUGGUCACUUAUGAAGAGCUGAAGCAGGACUUGAGAGGCAGUGUGGAGAAGAUCUGCUGCUUCAUAGGGAAGGAGCUCAAUAGUCAGCAAAUUGACUCGGUGGUGGAAUAUGCCUCUUUCCAGAACAUGAAGGACAACAAGAUGUCCAAUUUCACAAUACUACCAGAUACCAUCAUAGAUCACCAGAAGGGACAGAUCAUGAGGAAAGGAAUCUGUGAGGACUGGAAGAAUCACCUGACACCAACGCAAGAAGAACACUUUGACCAUGUCUAUUGGGAGAAGAUGCAGGAUAUCAGUGUGGCCUUCCCAUGGGAUUGAAGAGUACCCGAUUGUUCCUUGCCUUGUAUAGCAUCUUCACACUUGUAGGCUCAGCUUGGGCAAAUUCCUUCGGCUGAGAAACCAAAUCAUGUCAAAUAUGGAAUUCUUGAUCUUGCAGAUGUGAUUGGAUGAUUGAACAAUAAUGUCAUGGUCUAUGCAGCAAAGAGCCAUGCAAAGUUAAAAGGUACUCCAACCUGAGUGCCAGAAAUCACUUUUUUAAAAGUUUAUCCCAGGGCUUCUUUUGUAGCAGGAACUCCUUUGCAUAUUAGGCCACACACCCCUGAUGUAGCCAAUCCUCCAAGAGUUUACAGGGCUCCUAGCACAAGACCUACUGUAAACUCCAGGCUUAAUUUGCAAAGGAGUUCCUGCUACAAAAAAAGCCCUGGUUAUCCUUAUGCCACUCUCAGGAGUCUUGUGUCUGUGUGUUUGGUUGACAAACGACUUCCUUUCAAAGGCUGUCAUUUCUAGUCACCUUUAUGUCACUGAGCUACUGCCCAUAGGAAGUAGGUAAAAUUCCCUGCUCUUUCUUUUUCUUCUUUUUUUUUUAAAAACAAUUUUAUUGAAAUAUAUAUUGCCAUUUUACAAAGCAUAUGUUACAUUUUACACAAGUACUGAAAUACACAUGUAUAAUGAGUUCAUAUGUCUGAACAGCACCUUGCAAAGCUGAGUAUUGAAUAUUUGCUCAUUUUUGCUUGUUAUGCAUGUUGGAAUACAAGAAUUAACAUUAAAAGGCAUGAAUUAACAUUGUUCAACUGACUCUGACAAAUGCAUGAAGUUGUCAAGGUCUAGUAGGAGAGACUGAACAUUUUAUACCGUUAUCUUAAGGGUCGAUGCAACAAUUUUGGCUUCAUUCCAGUUGUUUUGAAAUGUUUUGGCUUCAUUUCCAGUUGUUCUGAAGUUUCAUAUGAGACCUAUGAGGAGUGUUUCAAUGUUUUCUGCUUUGACAUCCAGUGUGGCAUUUCUGACUUGCAGUUGUCUCUGUGAGCUAAUAUUUAGUACCACGCAGCUGACAUUAGCAAAAGAUGUCACACAGAAUAAAACUCCUUGGAUUCA